GCGUGACCCGCCCCGCACACGGCCGGACCGCCCCGGCCCCGCCCGCGGGUGGCGCUGGGGACGCGCCGGGGUCCCGCACCCCCUGCCCGCGUGUCCCCGCCGUGUCCCCGCCGGGGCCAUGAAGGUGAAGGUGAUCUCCGUGCUGGAGGACAAUUACAUGUACCUGGUGAUCGAGGAGAGCACCCGCGACGCCGUGGCCGUGGACGCCGCUGUCCCCAGAAGGCUGCUGGAGAUCAUCAGGAAGGAGGACGUGGUGCUCAGAGCCAUCCUCACCACCCACCACCACUGGGACCACGCCAGGGGCAAUGAGGAGCUGGCCCAGCUCUUCCCAGGCCUGCAGGUUUUUGGUGCUGACGAGCGCAUCGGGGCCCUCACCCACAGAGUCACCCACGGGCAGGAGCUCACGUUUGGGGCCAUCAGGGUGAGGUGUCUCUUCACCCCGUGCCACACCUCGGGCCACAUGUGCUACUUCAUGUGGGAGGACGAUUCCCCGGAUGCUCCAGCUCUUUUCUCAGGUGACACCCUGUUCGUGGGGGGCUGCGGGCAGUUCUUCGAGGGGACAGCAGAGCAGAUGCACACCAACCUCACCCAAACCCUGGGCACUCUGCCCAAGGACACGAAAAUUUUCUGUGGUCACGAAUGCACCGUCCGAAACCUCAAAUUCGCCUUGAAGGUGGAGCCAGACAACGAAGUGGUGAAGGAGAAGCUGGCGUGGGCCAAACGCGAUGACGAGGACCUGCCCACGGUGCCCUCCACGCUGCAGGAGGAGUUCCUGUACAACCCCUUCCUGAGGGUCACGGAGGAGCCCGUGCAGAGGUUCACGGGCAGCACGGAGCCUGUGGAGGUGCUGAGGGUGCUGCGCUCCCAGAGGGACAACUUCAAGAAGCCCAAGGAGAGACCCAACCCCCAGGCCAUGCUGGCCUUCGACUGGGGGCUCUUCGCGCCUUUCCUGGAGAAGAAGUGACAAAGUGACAUCCCUGAGGUGCCAGGGCUCCCUCCUGGCUGUGCCCAGCUCGGGUUCGCUCCCAGCUGGGACGUGGAUUUUGUCUUUAAGCUGCUUGUGUGAGGCUGCUCUGCUCUGCUCCCCCUCUGGCUCCUGGGAUUCCCUGGGGAGCAGUACCUGGAUCCCUUCGGAGAGCCCCGGCCGUGGGACCCCCCCUUGGUGCCAGGAUGCUGGCAGAGGGUCAGGACGUGGCUUGGAGCAGGGGACACUCCCAGUUUUGGGGUCAGUGCAGGAGCUGCCAGCUGCCCGUGGAUGUCCAUGUCCAUGUGGCUGUGGAAGGGAGCCAGGGAGAGAAGUGGGAAUGCUCAGGGAUCGUGGUGCUGUGCUCCAUGGAGCUCCCAAUCCCAGGGUUUGUGUGAUGGCGCCUUUGGAAUUCCUGGGAGCUCUCCUGGCCCUGCCUGUCCUGCUCCAGCCACCCUGGGCCCCUCUCGGGCCAGGGAUGGACACUUGGAGCCCCACGGGAAACUGGGAAGUCACUGAUGGCACUGGUGGCACCAGUACCCACCUGACUCCAGCCCUGUGCUAACAAAUCCCUCAUCACAGCAGGGCUUGGGUGGGCUUUUCCCCUUUUACUCCCAGUUUUCCCAGUAGGUCCCACAGGGAUUUGUGCGGGGAUCUGUGACCCAGUCGCUGCCUUGGGGAGCCCUUGGACCACAGGGGGCGUCCAGGUGGAGCCCAGAGUCUGCUCCAGGAGGGAUUUCCCAAGGUGGGGCAGAUUUUAGGCAGCCAAGAACAAAGUGCUGCCAGGCAUCCCUUGCUUUUUUUUGCUUUUUCCAAGAUAAAAACUGGAAAAGACUUGGUGCCAACGCCAUGGACAUUGCCUUGUCCUCAAGAGCCAGGGAGCAGCUGGGGCUCCCAGGCCUCCCCAGCCUUUAUUUUCUCCAAAAUCAGGGCUGUGUUUUAUUUAAUUUUAAGAGAAAACUUAAUUUCAGAGAAAGAAGCAGAGUUUUAUUUGCAGGUGUGGGGGGAAGCACUUCACACCAGUGAAGUCAUUCCCUUUUUUAUUUCUUUUUUUUUUUGUGGAGAAAAUGAGGCUUUGCUGGCAGCUCCCAGCACUGGGAUAAAGUUGAUUUCAGGGAUUUUCCUUUGUGGACUGUGAACCUUUGUUGCCACUGGAGUCUGGUUUGGGGCUUUUUCCUGUGCUACAAACCGGACCAAGGUUUUCUUUUUACCUUUUAUUAAGUUAUAGAUUGGAUUUCCUUCCUUGCAUGGAUUUCUCCAGCUGCAAAAGCUCCCUUGGUACCAUGGCCUGAAUUCCUGAGUUUCCAUGAAAUGCUGGAGUUGUGGAUGUCCCCUGUGUGUUCCUUUGGAAUUUUAUUUAUCCUGGGAGCAGGGAUGCUCCUGUGUGUUUGAACCAACCCCGAGCCUGCUCCACACCUCACAGCUGGGAAGAAUUCCAGCUGGGACAAAUUCCUGGUGCCAGAGCAGGGAACCCAGGGUGUCCUGGGUGGCUUCACUGACCUCUGUGUCUGGGAACUGAGGAAGUGACCAAGUGUAGAGCCCUGAGCAUUUGCUUUCCAGCUAAUUAAGCUUCAUGAAUUGUGCAUUUCUGGGCUGACGUGCUUGUGCUCAGCAGCCACUCACUGUGCUCUGCACUGAUUCCAGGCUGGAGCCUCCCCCUGUCCUGCUUUAGCCAAAUCCCUGCAUGGAAAAGGGAAUUCACUGGAAGCACCAAUCUGCUCCUCGAGGUGGGGAGGGGGGGGAGCAUGCCUUGGAACACUGUGAGGUCAUUAAUGACCAGCAGCAGCUGAAAAAUGGAAAGCUUUUAAUUAAAAAACCACGAAAAUCACAA